AUGCAGUACCUUCUCCUUCUUACAGCCACCAUCAGUGGUCUCGUUAUCGCCACGCCAGUCGAGAAACGCCAGACAUCGGGUCCAUGUUUCCAUGACGGUUCUGCUGCGCUCUGCUGUCCCCAAGAAAGUACUCAAAUCGUUGCUACCAAUUGCAAAGCCCCUGGGAACACAGCAUCCCCUGACGCUUUCCGGGCGUCUUGUGCAGCAGUAGACCUACAUGCUUUUUGCUGCACAGCGGCGAAUGAUGGCACAGGCUUGAUCUGUGCUCCAUCUGGUGAAUCGCCUUUCAACCCACCAGCAGCUGGAACGUAG